UUUCCCGGUUCGGCUUUCCGCCUUCCUUGGUUUUUCGCCUUCCUUGCAUGGAUGCACCAUGGCCACCGCAACGCUGGUUGCAGGGUGCAGUUCCUCGACGACACCGACCCUUUCAACAGCACCAAUUUCCCCGAGCCCACCAGGCCGCCGCUCUACACUUUCCGGGAGGAUAUCCCCCUGGGCACCCAGUUGGCCGGGGUGCACCGCUUGCUCAGAGCCCCGCAGAAGCUUGAUGACUGCACAUUGCAGCUGUCUCACAAUGGUACCUACUUGGAUUUAGAGUCCACCUUAGCAGAACAAAAGGAUGAAUUGGAAGGUUUCCAGGAGGAUUCUGGCAGGGGCAAGAAGCACAGUGUCAUUUUGAGGACCCAGCUUUCAGUCAGAGUCCAUGCCUGCAUUGAAAAGCUCUACAAUUCAAAUGGACGGGAGCUGAGGCGGGCCCUCUUCUCCUUGAAACAAAUAUUUCAAGAUGACAAGGAUUUGGUUCAUGAAUUUGUUGUGGCAGAGGGCCUGACCUGUUUAAUAAAAGUGGGCGCUGAGGCGGACCAGAACUACCAGAAUUACAUCUUGAGAGCACUGGGACAAAUUAUGCUAUACGUAGAUGGGAUGAAUGGAGUAAUCAAUCAUAAUGAAACAAUCCAGUGGCUGUACACUCUGAUUGGGUCAAAGUUUCGGCUGGUUGUAAAGACAGCACUGAAGUUGCUCCUUGUUUUUGUGGAGUAUACGGAAUCCAAUGCACCACUUCUGAUCCAAGCAGUGUCCAUCGUAGAUGACAAGAGAGGUCUCAAGCUAUGGUCCAAUGUUAUGGAGAUCCUGGAAGAAAAGGAUGGGGUUGACACAGAACUUCUAGUUUAUGCAAUGACUUUAGUGAACAAGACACUGUCUGGCUUGCCGGACCAGGAUUCCUUCUAUGACGUUGUUGACUGUCUGGAAGAACUGGGGAUAGAAGGCAUCUCCCAGAGACACUUGAAUAAGAAAGGAGCAGACUUGGACUUAAUAGAGCAGUUCAACAUUUAUGAGAUGACCCUGAGGCAUGAGGAUGGCGAUGACAAUGGUGAGCCCCCUCCCAGUGGCCGCAGAGAUCGAAGGAGGUCCAGCUUUGGCUGCAGUGAACGAAGGGGGCUGGAACGUAGGAGGAGCCGGAGGCAUUCUGCCCAGAGCGAGAAGAAGACGUUGUCUGCCCCUCCCAGCCCCUCUCCUCAAGCAAGCCUUGGGGGUAGCCAUGGGCAGGGCGUCGGAAGCCUCAGCGAGAAGUACAGUGGCUACAGCAACAACUCCUGUUCUUCCACAUUACCUCAUUCUGGAUUAAGUACACCUACGACACCCAGUUCUCGCCAUGCUGCAUCGCCACCCGAAGAGUCCAAAAUUGAGAGGCCGUCCUUGGGUGGUCUACUUACAUCGUCGUAUCGGCAGCACCAAGAGUCUUUGGCAGCGGAAAGAGAGAGGCGGCGUCAGGAGAGGGAGGAGCGGCUGCAAAGGAUAGAGCGGGAAGAAAGAAACAAGUUCAAAUACAAAUACUUGGAGAAAUUGGCAGCUGAAGAGUACGAGAAGGAGCUGAGAAGUCGGAGUUUAUGUAGGGGCAAGAGUGACUUGUCCUUGAACUUGGGCUCUUCUUCAGUCCCAGCCUCUCCCAUUCCGACAUCUGCUAGCCCCACUUCAACAGAUUCUCAGGAGGAGCCAAAGUCCCCUGUGACAACUCGCAGGGCAUCUCAGAUCUCAGAAGUGAGUGCCAGUGAACCUGAAUGCGAACCAGAACCUGAGCCAGAGGCAGAAACAAAAACAGAGCAGGAAGAUGAGGCAGACUUGGAGCAGGGGGCAGAAACACCCCAAGAAGUAGAGGUUGCAGAGGUGGAGCCAGAAAGCGGAGUGGAGCAAGAGGCAGAAGAAGGUGCAAUACUAAGUGAAAAAGAGAGGCAGAAUGAAGAAGUGAAUGAAAAAGACAAUUGUUCCGCAUCCAGCAUAUCCUCAGCAAGCAGCACUUUAGAGAGGGAGGAAAGGGAGGAAAAGUUGGCCAGUGACAAUGAAACUGGUCCAUGGUUACAGACCAUUCAAGAUGUUGGUGUGAAUGAUCAGUGCAGCAACAUACUCAAUAACAAGAGGUUCAUGUUGGACAUGUUGUAUGCCCAUAACAAGAAGCCCAAGGAUGAAGAAGAUAAAGAGCUGGAGGAGAAGGAAGAGGAAAAGGAGAUGGUGGAGGCAAGUGAAGACUCUAUCACUAGCCUGGCCAGCAGGAUCUCAGUUCUGAAGGCUACCAAACAAGCCAAAGACGAAAGUGUCAAAAGAAUGGAGAUUGGGAAUUUGGACAACCAGGGCAGCGUCAAGGCCUUUGCAGAAAGAUUCAACAAUGGUGAACUGGCCAAGACCUCAAACUUUCCUGAGACUGAUUUUAGUGACAAGGUCUCUGAAAAAACACCGCAGCCUAAGAAGGAAUCUGACUAUAUUUGGGACCAGCUCAUGGCCAAUCCCAGAGAACUGAAAAUCAAAGAUAUGGAUUUUACAGAUUUAAGGGAUGAGGAUGAGGACAUCUUGGAUGUGGAAAUGGGUCCUGGUGACUCUUUAGCUCCCCCUCCUCCACCCCCGCCUUCCUUUUUGGGUUUGCCUCCUCCACCCCCUCCCUUGUUUUAUGGAUGUCCUCCUCCACCCCCACCCUCUGGUAAUUUAUUGGCACCCCCUCCCUCUUUGGCAUUCCUCAGGGUUUAGGAUCGCCCCCUUCCCAGAGGUCAGCCAGCCUUUAUAAAAAAAAAAACAAUCCGUCUAUUUUGGAAUGAGGUGAGGCCAUUUGAGUGGCAGUAUAAGAACAACAAACGCUGCAAAGGAUUCCUGUGGUCAAAACUGGAGCCUAUUAAGGUGGACACUUCCAAACUAGAGCACCUCUUCGAAUCUAAAUCCAAGGAGCUUCCUGUCACCAAGAAAACUGCUGCAGAUGGCAAGAGACAGGAAAUCAUUGUGUUGGAUUCCAAGAGGAGCAACGCUAUUAAUAUUGGCCUGACGGUACUGCCCCCUCCAAGGACGAUCAAGACUGCAAUUUUGAACUUUGAUGAAUAUGCCUUAAACAAGGAAGGAAUAGAGAAAAUUCUCACAAUGAUUCCCACAGAAGAGGAGAAGCAGAAAAUUCAGGAAGCUCAGCUAGCCAACCCUGAUAUUCCUCUGGGCAGUGCUGAGCAGUUCCUUCUGACUCUUUCUUCCAUCACUGAACUUUCUCCUAGACUUCAGCUCUGGGCAUUCAAAAUGGAUUAUGAGCUUGUGGAAAAGGAGGUUGCAGAACCACUUUUGGAUUUGAAGGAAGGAAUGGACCAGCUUGAAAACAACAAAACUUUGGGAUUUAUCCUUUCUACUCUACUAGCCAUUGGAAAUUUUCUCAAUGGAACCAAUGCCAAAGCCUUUGAACUGAGCUACCUCGAGAAAGUUCCAGAAGUCAAGGACACAGUGCAUAAGCAGUCUCUCCUUCAUCACGUCUGUACGAUAGUGGUGGAAAAAUUCCCAGACAGCACGGACCUUUAUUCUGAGAUUGGGGCCAUCACGAGGUCAGCCAAGGUUGAUUUUGAACAACUCCGGGACAACUUAUGUCAAUGGAGAAGACGGUGCAAAGCAUCAUAUCACCUGAAGGCCAUAGCAAAGCAUGAAAUGAAACCAACUCUAAAGCAAAAGAUGUCUGAGUUCCUUAAAGACUGUGCAGAAAGAAUAAUAAUUUUAAAAAUUGUCCAUAGAAGAAUAAUUAACAGGUUUCCACUCCUUCUGUUAUUUAUGGGAUACCCUCCUUACGCAAUCCGCGAAGUCAACAUCAAUAAGUUCUGCAAAAUUAUUAGUGAGUUUGCCCUGGAGUAUCGCACCACGAGGGAGCGCGUUUUGCAACAGAAGCAGAAACGAGCCAACCACAGAGAAAGAAACAAAACCAGAGGGAAAAUGAUUACGGAUACGGGGAAAUUCUGCAGCAGCAGCAGCUCUCCUCCACCUCAGAACCAACCGCAGGGGCUACAAUAUGCGGAAGAUGCAGUGGAACAUGAGAAUAUGAAGGCCGUCUUGAAGACUUCCUCCCCAAGUGGGGAGACCACCGUGUUAGGAGUGCGCACUCGAAGUCGGGCGAGUCGAGGUCGCGUUGGCUCGUGGAACGCUGGCAAUGACGAUUCACCUAACGCUACAGAUGAUGCAGCAGACGAGAUCAUGGAUCGCAUUGUCAAGUCUGCCACACAAGUGCCAAGUCAGCGAGCAGUGCCUAGAGAAAGGAAGCGGUCAAGAGCAAACAGGAAGUCAUUAAGGAGGACACUUAAGAGUGGACUGACACCAGAAGAAGCCAAAGCACUGGGUCUGAUGGGCACUUCAGAGAUGCAGGUGUGAUAACAGCAUCCGUGUCAACUGCAAGAAGAGUCGUUGUCAUAUAAAGGCACAGGCAGACAGGCUGCCAACGGUCUUUCAGUUUAGCAUUCUCCCGUCAGUUCCACUUUGCUGCUUUCCCCAUCAUCUUUUAGAUUCAUUUUCAUAAUACUGAAGCUGGCAAAAAAGUAGGCAACACAAAGGGCUAAAAUUAAAAAAGUGUGUAACAGACCAGUAAAAUUAAGUCAGGGCUGUGGGGGAAAGAGGUGAUGUGGAAAUUGCCUAAUGCUGUUCUGUCUUGUUCAUGCUGCAUUGAUGUGGUCUCUAAGAAGGUUUUCCGUAUUUUGUAUUUUGUGAAAGGUGUUUAUGUUCAUUUUCCUUGUGACCUUUUGUAAUAAUUGUAAAGUACUAUAUUUGUCAGUUCGAGGGCAGUUCUUUAAAUAGGCAAACUAACUUCUGUCACAGUUGCUAUGACCUCUCUGAAGACAAUGUUGUUAAAUAGAAACAUGCCAUGAAUUUUUAUCUUUCCACCAAAGAAUGUAAAAAUGUAUGUCUACUUGUGUAUAUACCGAGUAUGUGUGUGCAUGUGUGCAUGCACACACACACACACACACACACACACAUGCCUACCAAGUCCAGGUGCCUUCAACUUUCAAGCAUCCUGUCCUGCAUGAAGGGAAAUCCUUUUUACAGGAACUCAUUCCACUAGGACAUUUAUAUACCGGGACCUCUCACAACAUCUACAUGCACAUUCAACAUAAUAGCACAGGUGCACAGGGAUAGCACAGAGUACCUCUUGUCACUCAGCUGUAGAGAUGUAUAUAUAAAUUAUAGCAGUAUGCCAGCAACUAGCCAGAGACAAAAGAGGAUUUGCUGUCAAGGUCAAGUAGGAGUUUUGUGCACAUGCGUGGGCUGAUUAGGCUAUUUUCUUAAUCUGAUGUAGCAAAGCAUAACUGUGUCACGCCCACUGGAUGAAUUAUACAAAGGUCCUGCUACACUCCUUUCCAGUUACAUUUUCAACACCACCACAAACCAUGAAAACACAACGCAGAACGCAAGACAACAGGGAAUAGAGACAGUUGCCGUCCUUGCACAUGGAAACUGUCCCCCAUCCCCCAAAUAAUGGGGAUAUUUAAACAUCCAGAGACUUCCUUUCCGAAGUGUAUGGAAUGUAGUUUAACGAAUGUAUUUGAGAUAGGUUUCUUCUGCUUAUUUCCAUGGCUUUCAUGGAGCAGCUCUUUAGAAACACCCUAUCUUGGAAAUAUUCAAGAAUCAAACACAUUCAGUGUUUCCCCUUUUCUUGAAGACUGGUAUGAAAGGGAACUUUUUACACUUGAACAUACCUCUAAGCUAGUGGUACUAAAGAAGGCAUAACGAUUGCAUCACUGUUACCAUGCCAGCCAAUUGCUCAACACUUGAAAAACAAACUUGAGAGAAAGUUGUACAUCAUUCUGCCGGAUUCCAGUCACAGCCUUUAUGUGGAAAGCCAAAUACUGGCCAUACAACUAUAAGAAAAGAGUGAGAAAUUCCAUCUGUACGUUGCUUCUCUCACUCAACUGCUGGGUUUUGUCCCAUGAGUUACUGUGCUAUUAACUUUGACCUAGCCCCUCUAAAGGGAAGUUUGUCUCUUGUAACAGCUACCGUAGGGCUCCUGGAUAAUGUGUACUCCCUCAAUUUUGACAUACUGUUUAUUUAGCGAUUCUGCAGUGAUAUGGGGUUUUGUUUUUUUUAAUAAACCCAGUCAGUGUGCAUUUUUUACUAAAGAGGGAAAGGCACUGGCCAGUAAACUGAAGGAAAUUGAAUGUAUUUAAUCAAUAUUUCAUUUAUUUCAGGAGAAUGAGGUUAGUCUCUGGAAGAGGGGUUCCUAAAUCCUUGCUAUCAAAAGCAUAUCCCCCCACCUCCUAUAUCAAAGGAUCUUCUUCCAUAAUAAAGUAGUGAGUUAUUGCAAAUUUCCAAAAUGAUAUGGUUUGAGAAAUGACCUGAAACACAACUGGUAAGCUGGUUGAAAUGCUCAGGCACAAAAACAAUAAUCUAUGUUUACAGUUGCUACAGAUCUUAUACUCUAGAAGAGCACACACUGUCAUUUUACAUUAACCAGGAUUUUUGGUGGUAGUGGGGAACCAUCCUAAAUGGUUGCAUUUACCUGUCUGCUUGACAACAUCCAUUUGUCCAGUUUUAUGAUUACUGAGAUUUAUACCUACUUUUCAGUCAAAUUCCCAGUGUACCUUAUGAAAUUUCAUUUCUUAACAGGCACUCUUGUCAUAAGCACUUCUGGUACUUAUUGAGCCAGAACAUAUUAGGAUUAUACGAUGAUACAUAUAUACCAUUUUUCUAGAGAGCAGGGGGUGAGAGGUCCUGCUUCCCUGUUCCUGUAAAAUAUGGUGUGUCCUUAACUGCCUCCUAUUUAGACAGUAGCCCAGUACUCCAAAAAAGCACAUUUUAUACAUGACAAGAAACAAAUGUCCUUCAAGGAUUGCCAUGCUGCUCUUUUUAUUUACCAUUGGCAAAUAAAACCCUCUCAGAUAUUUCACCAGAAUAUUUUUAUAAUGCCAGUGGAGUUUUCCCACAGGAAAUGUUUUCUAGGUUGCUGAUAUGAGUUGGGAUUCAAAGAGCCACUUGAGCUCAUGCACAAAGAUUUCACUGGCCCAACCAAAGUCAUGUCAUUCUCUUUGAGUACCCAGUAUCUAUCCCAAACAACCAUCUGUUUUGAAACUACUGUUUCCAAAACAGUUUGCAAUGCAAAAUAGUGGGAGGGGACUUCUUUUUGUAUGGAAACACUAACAUUUACCAAUCCAGGAGCUCAUGAAAUGAGUUUCAUUGAAUCCUCACCCGUUUGUUAUAAGUUUGGCCACAGUUACUCAUCUGGGAUUGACAAACCUCCUCAUGUGUUCCAAAUGAAAUGUGCUCAUGAUUCUAGUUUGCAUGCAAGAAAGAGACACCACAAGGGAAUCUAUACCUUCAGUUUGCCUUGAAGGUUUUCAGUAAUGUACUCCAGUUCUCCAGUGCUGCCAAGUGACUGUUCACACAUCUGCCUGAUGUUAUGCUGUUCCUUUGAUAAGGACAUAGACAGAUACUAGCAUUUAUCAGGCGCUGCCAAAAAAAUCUAAUUGUUUCAAGGUUUUGAAAGUGAACAAUAUCCAAGUCAAUCCUAUCUUCAAACUGAAGGAUAAUUGUCAGUGGCAACAGUACAUUUCAAGCACAGUAGCUACUGAGCGAUGCAGCAGAAAUGCCCAAAGGAAUUGCAUGCAACAUGCUUCAAAACGUGCUAUCACAGCAGAACCUACAUUUUUCAUUCACCGCUGCUUUGUUGGUUCAAAUAUCAACAUAACAGAUUUCAGAUGUUAUGUAACAAGGGAAUCUAUUUGUCCACUGAGCCAUACCUGUCAUUUUCUCGCAAGCCUUAAUAAUUGUUUUCUUGAGUUCAAAAGAACUCUCGGCUAAAAAUGGCAAUGCAAAGGAUUCCUCAGCAUGCAUAGUGUAACAUUCGAAAAAAUGCACCAAAAGUAACCAAGCAGUUUUCUUUAGAAGCAAUAUGUAUUUUGAAGUCACAUGGUUCAGUCUCCCCUUCUAUUCUGAAUAUAGGUUGUAGUUGGUUAAAAGCAAAAAUGUUUAAGGUGUGGCAUGUGUGAUGCUUUAGGUCACAAUGCAAAGCCUGGCAACAUGAGCAAGGCUAUCCACUGCCUUUUAACUCAUACAGCAUUCUGUAGAGUUCAUUCUUCAAAAACGUUGGUAGCUCUUACUAACUUCUGCUGAACUUUCUAAAUCUGACCCCCAUUUAUUAAAAAAAUGUUUUCAGUCAAUGGCCUUGAAAUGAAUUGCUUUAGGUUGUAUAUAUGCUGCCUGCUUAAUAGCAGAGGGUGCUUACCCGUGCUGCAUCUCUCACCCCCCAUCCCGACCAUGUGCACUUUUCAUUCGUCCGUAAACACUCAAAAGGUUUUCUAGAAAGCCAUACUCAGGCAAUUAUUAGCAGGAAUUCAAAUACCAUUUUAGAUUUGUAAACUGAUGCAGUCCUGCUGCUGGACGCAAGAACAUGGCAAGUACAUGCAUAGUGCAAGCCUAUAUGUCUUCUUACAUGUAAGCCACGUUGAAUUCAAUGGACUUACCUCCCGGUAAGUGUGUUUAGGCUGGCAGCCUAGGUGGGUCAAGUCCAGGUUUCUUAAUUUAUAUAUAUAUUGUUGCUAGUAAUAUUCAGGGAAAGUUGUGUAACAUUAAUGAGACUUGGAUUUUCGACACGAUCCACUUGUAAGUUCUCCUGUGCAAGUUCCAUUUGAGUGCUCUUUCCCAUGCAUUUCAGUGGCCCAUUCAUUUGUGCAGGAGAGCCUUGCGGUGAAUUCCCUAUCUAGUCUUCUACACUUUUCAAAUAGUUUUGGAUUCCUCCUCCAUCCAGAGUGGUAAAGCAAAAGAUUGCACUUUCACAAAUAGCCUCCGUAUUCUGUAAAGCACAGAGAGCUUUGUGUUUUCCUGGUCAAAAUGAAGCAUUUCUUUAUUAGAAGCUGUAGUAAAAACAAUUUCCACAUUUAUCAGUUAAUGUGAAGUGGGGGUGGGCUUCACAUGCAGUUACUUAACAAUUCACUUAGAUACAUGACUAAUUCAAAGGAGCAUUUCUAAAGACUGCUAUAAUUUACACACAUGCAAGGGGGGGGGAUCCUUUAAUUUUGAAAUACUUUGACUUUGCUACCUAAAGCAUAGGUAUGGAUGGCUUACAACUAUCAUCACUAAGUUUUAAACAGCUGUGAAAUACAAGGUUUUUUUGUGAAUGAAGAAGCCAUGGGCUACCUUUCCCUUUUCAAAGGACUGUCUUUGGACUCUUUUGUCUUUUCUGUGAACUGGGAAUUGAAAAAAGAUAUAGUUCUAAAGUAGAAAAGGACACGUUUCUAGACAAAGAAUUAUUGUAAAAAUGUGGUAAAUGUGACUAGACUUUGUUUUGUGUGUAGCAUAGUGUAAAAUAAGCUUUUUUCCAGCAGUGUUAUUCUAUGAAUUGUAAUUUAAGAACAAGCCAUGCAUGGUCAAAUAUAUAUCCUGCAGGGAACACACACGCACACCAUUGUUCAUUUUGUUGUUUUCCUGGCUGUAGGCAAAGACCUGUAAAAUGUUGAAUUUAAUAUUUCAUCCUCAGUCUUUACUUAAUGAAGAACUUGAAUUAACUCACCCUCCCCCGCAAAUUUCCUGCCUCCCAGCCCCACUGAUAAUUUGUCGCAAUCUUCAUCCAGUUUUGGCACUACAUUGAGUAUAACAGGAGUUUCCUUUUAAAAUACUCAACACCUUCUCUGCUCCCAACAUUACUCUUCUGUUUUAGAUUU